AUGGAAACUCGUGUAUUGUCCAGUGGCCGGGAUUGCUUACCACCUGUGGCGUCCUUGCGGAGGCGGCGGCUGGCGCGGAGGCCGGGCUACAUGAGAAGCACAGCGGGGCCCCGGAUUGGGUUCCUCUACCCAGCAGCGGCCACUGCGCUCCGGGCCCAGGGAGGGGCAUGCGGUGAGGAGUCCCACCAGUCUGAGUCCAGGGCCGGACGGGGUGGCCUUGAUCCUGGAGGCCAGUGGCGAGGCCCCUCGGCGGGGAGCCCUGUUCCUAGGAGCACAGCUGCCUCGGCUCGGACCGCUGUGGGAUACGGGGGCCUGGCAAGGACCCCUGCGAGAAGACCCUCAGGGCUCUUCGGGAUUCAGUUCCAAGUUGGCGCCACACUGCCUGCCAGGCCGGCCAGGUCGUGUGGCCCUGGGGGCACAGGGUGGCAGGGCGAGCUCCCGUCCAUGGACAGUUCUGAGGCCCCUGGCGCUGGCUGGGAUGCUGGUGGCUGUGAAAGAGCAAAGGACACCUGGACAAAAGGCCGUCUGUUCCCAGAGGAGGUGAAUGGCGACAGCUGCAGCCUCAGGAGUGACCCCAGGGUCCCCUCAGCCCCGGGCAGCUCUCAGGAUGCCUUUACCUCAAGCUUUAGCUUCAUACGGCUCUCGCUUGGCUCUGCGGGGGAACGUGGAGAAGCGGAAGGCUGCCCGCCCUCCAGAGAGGCCGAGGCCCCUUGUCAGAGCCCCAAGGACAUGGAAGCCAAGGCUGCCGGCCUGGACAGGCCCCACGAACACCCUCGACUUCUCUCUCCCCACUUCUAUCUCAAGACUACUCAGCGCCUGGCAGACUCUGCCCAGACCGCAGGAGGCAGCCACAGGCUGGAGAGGGAGACGCCGACUUUGUUGGACGUGGACACCGCCUCCUGCUUCUCCCUGGGCCCCUCCGGGUCUGAGGGCAGCAGCUUGGGGGACGCUCAGUGCUGGGAGACGCUGGUCCGGAGGUGCGAGCCCGUGCUGCUGGACUGCCUGCUGAGCGACCAGAGGCGGCUGGAGGUAAAAUCCCUAAGAAUAAAGCUUCAGAAACUUCAAGAAAAGGCAGUUGAGGAUGAUGAUUAUGAUAAGGCCGAGGCGUUAAGACACCGGCUAGAGGAGCUGGACACAGAGAGGAGCAGCCUGCACUUCCAGCUCCCGUCAAGGCAGCCGGCGCUCUGCAGCCUGCUGGGCCACCUGCACGCCCAGGCCCAAGCUGCUGCGCACCGCAGGGCCGCUCCGCCGGCCUGCGGUGAGGACCCCCACGCCCCACCCAGGGGGGAGCCGAAGCUGUUGGAACCCAGCGCUCAGGACAGCCUGCGUGUGUCCAUCACCAGACGAGACUGGCUUCUUCAGGAGAAGCAGCAGUUGCAGAAAGAGAUCGAAGCUCUCCAAGCACGAAUGUCCAUGCUGGAAGCAAAAGACCAGCAGCUGAGAAGGGACAUAGAAGAGCAGGAGCUCCUUCUCCGAUGGGAGGACUGCGACCUGCCCGCCCUGGUGUGCGGGCUGUCCCCGGGUGAGCUGCGGGAAGUCAGCGAGGCCUUGCGGGACACGCUGGCCUUAGCCAGCCAGAUUCCCCUCCGUGCAGAACCGCCUGAAACUCUCACGAGCCUCCAGGCACAGAUAAAAUCCCUCAACUUGUCCCUUAAGGAAAUCACUGCUAAGGUGUGUAUGAGCGAGAGACUCGGCAGCACUCUCAGGAAAAAAGUGAAUGACAUUGAAGACCAACUCCCAGUGUUGCUUGAAGCCAAAAUGCUGGCUGUCUCAGGAAACCAUUUCUCUACAGCCAAGGAGCUCAGCGAGGAGAUUAGAUCAUUAACAUCAGAAAGGGAAGCUCUGGAGGGACUCCUGGACAAGCUUCGGGCACUGAGUUCCAGGAAUGUCCAAAAGCUGGGUGGUGUGAAAGAAGAUUACAGCAGACUGAGAAGACAGCUGGACGAGGGGGAGACCGCCUACGAAAUGAGUGUGAAGGAGAGUGCUCUGAAGUACAUGGAGAUGCUCGAGGAUAAGCUGCGUAGCUGCAAGUGUCCACUCCUUGGAAAAGUGUGGGGAGCUGACUUGGAAGCUUGUCGGUUGCUUAUCCAGAGCCUACAGCUCCAGGAGGCCACAUGCACACUGUCUGCGGAAGACGAGAAGCAGACAGAUGACUUAGUGGGACCCGUCUGUCCAUCCACUCUUGCCAUCUCCCCCAGGCUCCACUCUGAAGUUGAGAGGAAGACCCCUUUGCAGGCCUUUGAAGACUGGAAGGCUCACCCAAGUCCAUCUCUGUACUUUGCUGGCAGCGAACAGAAAGAGGAAUCUUGGCUCCUUUCUUCGGAACUUGGAGAAAAAUGUGAAGCCAUAGACAAGAAGUUACUGUACUUGGAAGAACAGCUUCACACAGCCAUCCACAGCCAUGAUGAAGAUCUCAUUCAUAUCCUUUUCAUCCUGCAGCAUGAGCACGAUGAACGUGAGUCCACAGUGAACAUCGAUGUCCAGAAGAUUCAAACCUUGGUGGCUACAGAUGCUCACGCGUCGUGCGGAAGGCACCGAGCUUCUGCGUCAGCCAUGCGUGGGAGGAAGUGUUGCCAGCGGGCCAUCAGCGAGGGGUGGACCGCUCAUCCAGGGGUGGAGAUGAGCUUCCAAACAGAACCUCUGGGCAUCCUGAUUGGAUAUCAGGGCUAUGGGCAGCCUGUGGAGAGUGUCCUGUCUUAA